AUUUGAAUAAGUUAAUCCAGGAAAUUGAAGCUCAUCAGCACAUCUUGCACAGAAGAAGAAACAAGAGAAUCAGCUUCAAACAUUGAACUAUUCCAUUAAAGAUUGCACCGAAGACGCGCGCAAUAUGGCUACCACUCAAGUUAUCCAAACUACUCUCAGCUACUUUCCGAGUGAUGUCAAAAGGGAGAUCGUUGUUGGCACGGUUGGUGCUUAUCGAGAACCUCUCGAUCACAAAGAUAUGACGAUCCAGGAUAUACGGGGUCACCUCUCGGAUUUCAAUCUUGAUGUCCACGGAUUCCAAGUGAUGCAACACCCCAGUUCCUUCGUCAGCAGCUCGGUUGAUCAGACCACUAUUAAGGAAAAGAUGUACCCGGAGGCUGUUGAGAUGUUGAAACAGGUAACCGGAGCUACCCACGCCGUCGUCUUCUCGCACAUGCUGCGUAACGAACCGUACGAAACUGUGCAAGAAAUGGCUGCAUCCACAGAACCGAACGAAAAAGAGACCCAUGUCUUCGUUCCUGCCCGUGGUGUUCAUGUCGACCAGUCUGAGGCCGGUGCACACGCCGUUCUUAAUGACAAAAUUGACCCCGAAGAAGUAGCUCGUCUGGCGAAAACCCGUUGGGCAAUUAUUAAUGUCUGGAGACCACUCAAAAGAGUCCCAAGAGAUCCAUUAGCCGUCUGUGAUGCUCGUUCCAUUAACACGGACGAUUUGAUUGAGAUACAUGCAAUGAUGCCGGGGCCGGAGGAGAAGGACCAUGAUGCAAUAACAAAAGGGGCGGGAUUUGGGGCAUUGUAUGGCAAGUACUCUCCGGCGCACAAGUGGUACUAUAUGUCAGAUAUGGAACCCGACGAAGUAAUGUUGAUCAAGUGUUUUGAUACGAAAUAUGACAGCAACACCGCGUGCAGGGCUCUACAUGCGGCUUUUGUAGAUCCGAGAACAGAGCAUGUAAAGGAGGUUCGUGAGAGUUUGGAGUUGAGAUGCUUUGUAUUUUUUGAGGACGAGCCUCUUAAGUAAGCAAGCUGUCAUAUCUGAUGGCUUAUGCUAAAAAUAGGACUGAAUCUGAAGCAAAUCCUGUGCAAACCGAGGCGAGACUCCCUCAACAUUGUAUUUAAUACAAAAUUAAGUGUUUUGGAUCAGCUAGUAACAUGAAUUGAUAAGAUUAAGCUAUAUCGAUGACUUUUUCAUGCAUAUACUGCAAAAAGAUCUGAUAAUAUUAAACUCAAUUAAGACUUAUUGG